UUUGACCUCAAGAUAGCAAGCUUAUAACGUCAGUUUAUUGAAUAGUAGAACUGGUUUUUAUCAAACUUUGAACGAAGAAUAAGUUAAUUAGUUUUUGACGAGUAUCAUUUUGAGCAAACAAAGUGAUGUCUAACUUAAAAACUGGAAUCACUUUAAACCGAGCAAAAACCUCAUCUUCAGCAGUUUUCGACUCAAGUGAUCCCACCAAACUGCUCACUUCAUACUCUACUCUGUCAGACGAGGACUGGAAACAGAGAGGUCUCUCUGAAGUCGCAUUAGAUGUUACCAGACAUCGAGGUACUGAGGAUCCCCACACUUCCAAACUGUGGAAGGAGGAUGAAAGUGGCGUGUACCACUGUGUGUGUUGUGAUGCGCCCCUGUUCAGAUCGGAGGACAAGUUCAUCUCUGAGUGUGGGUGGCCUGCAUUCAACGUCGACAGUUUCCAGAAUAUGGUGGAGAUAGAGGACUUGCGAGAGAUGCCAAGAUAUAUGAUAGAAAUAGUUUGCAAAGUGUGCGGAGCCCAUUUGGGGCACAAGUUCGACGAUGCCAAACUGCACAACCCAGAUGUCGAGGGAGACACCAGGUAUUGCAUCAACGGAGUGGCCUUGCAGUUCCUCAACAAAACAUCACAGAAACAGAAGGCUGAGGAGCAAGUUUAUCAAUGAAAAUUGUCAUUAGCCAUAAAUAGUUAUUAUUCAAAUGUGUAUUGGGAAACUGGGUUUUUAUCUGAUGAGUUAGUUAGGAAUAUUUUGGCCGAAUAGAAGCCAAAUUGAAAUUUUAGAGAUGUACAGAAAAAUAAGUUGGACUGAUCACUGAGGUCGAGGUAUCGAGUCGACGUGUAAUAUGACCUUCUCGCUCAGAUUUUGGAAUGUUUUGACCAGAUCUACCAGAAAAUUAGGUUUGUAGGUCAAUUUAGUCAUGAUUUCUAAGCAAAGUUGAUUCAU